AUGGGUAUUUCACGUGAUUCAUUGCACAAGCACAGAAAGACCGGUGCUGCUCGUAAGCCAAACUACAAGAAGAGAAAGUACGAGUUAGGUAGACAAGCUGCCGAAACCAAGAUUGGUGACAAGCGUGUCAGACCACUCAGAGUCCGUGGAGGUCACCUCAAGUUCAGAGCUCUCCGUCUCGAGACUGGUAACUUCUCAUGGUCCUCAGAGAGAGUCACCCGUAAAUGCCGUAUCCUCAACGUCGUUUACAACGCCACCUCUAACGAUUUGGUCCGUACCAACACUUUGGUCAAGGGAUCCAUCAUCCAAAUCGAUUGUACCCCAUUCAAGCAAUGGUAUGAGCAACACUACGGUAUGGCUCUCGGUAAGAAGAAGGCCGCCAAGAAGGACGCCGAAGAGAAGACUGAAGUCAAGAAAUCAAAGUCUGUAUUGAGACGUAUUGCCCAACGUUUAAAGACCAGAACUUUGGAAACCGCUUUGGAGAACCAAGCCACCGACGGUAAGUUCUACGCCAAGAUCACCUCACGUCCAGGUCAAGUUGGAAAGUGUGAUGGUACCAUCCUCGAAGGAAAGGAGUUGGAGUUCUACGCCAAGAAGAUCCAAAAGAAGAAGAAUUACAUCUACAAGUUAAUUGGAUUCAAUCUACAAUUUAAACAAAAUGAUCAUUUUGUUCCAUAA